AAAAUAAUAACAAAUAAAUAAACAAAUAGUCUAGUUUAAUUCGGUUGUGUUUUGUGGGAGUCGGAAGUAAAAAACAGAAAAAGAAAGUAGAACAUUUAUUUCGUAGAUGUUUCUUGCCUGUCGGAUUUUUAGGUUAUGUCUGAUUCUGAAAGUGAGGAUCCAUUCAUACAGAAAUCAUACGAUCUCAGAAACACUGUAAGGUCAAGAUUCACCCGUCCACCACUUCCAGAAUUCAAAGCCAGAAUGCCUCCUAAAUCUAAAACCUCUGCAUCACCAAAGUCCCCAAGGCAAGGAAGAAAUGUGAAAACAAAACAGAAAAGGGCUAAGAAAAACAAUUUGUACCCAGAUUUGGAUGAUGACGCGGGCAUCAGAGAAACAGAAACAGAGAGUGAAACAGAAGAUGCAUCUGUGGACAACACAGGAGAAGAAGAAGAUAAUGUUGAUGGAGCAAAUAUGAAGAGAGAUGAUCUUAAUAGACUAGAUGAGGAAAGUAGGCCAUAUGUUCGGCCAAAUAACCGAAAUGAAUCUAGGAAACGGGCUGAAAGGAAUAUGAAAGGGAAUAAAGUGGAUCAAAAUGACAGUGCUAGUGCUAAGGGAAGUGGAAUGGGUCAACUUCUGCUCUGGAUGGGUGUUCUUUGUGUCAUAGUUGGUGUUUAUUUGGUAGUAGAAAACAGAAAUAAAGGUGUGUUUUCAGAUGAAGUUGUUCAGCCACCUGUGGACUUUUAUAAGAUGUAUAAACCUAAAUUUGAGGCAAUAAGACGCAAAUACCCAUCACAAAGUACAAGAUUUUGGAAAGUGAUUGGGUCUGCGAUAAAACGUCUAAUAAAUGUUCCAUUGUCAACAUAUCCGGCUGUGAUAAUUCUUGCUGUUCCAGAGGGCUCAACCAAAGUAGGCACAUGUUUAGCCAAAGAGUUGGUUACAAAUUUGAACUCAAUCUUCAACCAUACAGACCCAGCUUACAUAGACGCAUUAUCACUUAAUUCUGUCUCUGCUGAGAAAAUGAAAUUGGACAUGGACAAGAGAUUGAUUUCAGUGUUGUCAGACUCGCGCGGCGUAGUGAUAGAUCACAUUGAGAGUCUAAAACCACAGGCAGCGCUGCUGUUUCAUGGUUAUUGUGAUGGUGACAAUGCACCUUAUAAAGACGCAGCCUUCAUUCUUGUCCUUCACACAAGUACUUCAGAACAUGGCAUCAGAGACGCUAAAGUUGAGGAGAUACUGACAGAGCUCUGGGGCCGGGAUUUAGGUAUAGAUGAGAUGCCAGCUUUGCUCAGCAGGAUUGCAAACAGUGUGGCUGUGUUACUGCCAGAACAAAAUGUCAAUUGUGAAUUAUAAUUUGUUUGUUCAAAUCAACUAAUUAUAUAUAGCUGAGUUUCGAGCUUGACUUUGGAGAAGUCUUCCUAAACUGUAAAUUUCUCUAUGAGUUUAAAAGAAACUCCUUUCAAAGUUUAUAAUGAACUUCUUUAUUAGUUUAUAGUGAACUAUUGAAGGCCUUUAAAAAAAAGUGGUUUGGGUAACCCGACCGCUCCUUCGCAAUAGGCGGUGACGCUACAGUUUUAUAGUCUGUUAGUUUGAAUUAAAAACAAAACAUUUUUUUGUCUGUGUGUUUCAAUAUGUAGUUUUAAAAGCUUUAAACUAAACAUUACUUAAAGGCCUUUACCAUUUUUGACAUUCUUUUAUGAAGCUUAUACUAGGAAACCUUUCCCUAAAUUUUCAUUGGACUCGCCCAAAAGUGUAUUGGAAACUUUUCCCUGAUCUUUGUAGUAAACUUCUCGGAAAGCUGAUAACUUUGUAGGAAACUUCUCCCUUAGUUUAUCGGAAACUUCUUUAUUUUCAGUCUUACCUGAUAUGUUUUCAUACAUGUUGUGUAGAAAGUUUCAGCAUUUUGUGACUGUAACUGCAAUUUAAAAUCUGUGUCGUAGACCAUGACAUUUAUGAUUUAUAACCAUUAUACAUGAUUUUUUUUUAUUAUUAUUGUAUUACUCCAUUUGGUUCAUAGAUUUUUUGCAACAAAUGUUUUUUCUGUGUUUACCACAUACAUAUAUAGAAUAAUUUGUGUCAGUUGCUCAUUAUUAUUAUAAUUAUACAUGUUUAAUUUGACUGUGUGCUUUAUUUGGUAGUGACUAAUGUCAUAAACAAAGAUAAUUUGACAUAUCAGAUGUUGCAUGGAUGUUUCGAUGCAAUAAUGCCAUUAAACUGUUAUACUUUCAUUGUCUUCAGUGCUAUUAAAUAUUUCUGCAAUA